AUGCUGAUCUACGUACAGGUUAUCAACCAGGUUGUCAUGCUUGUGGUUCUACCUAUCGCCAUUGCUACUACUUCUGUGCUCAUGUUUCUUUUAGUCGCCGUGAUUGAUGAGGUGAGUUAUCCAUUAAUCAACAGAUUUUGUAUUAGGUAG